AUGCCAGAAACUAGGCAAGGCAACAUAGAACACCUUAAAGAGAAAGAUUCUUCCCAUCCUGUAAACUGCAAGCGAAGAAAGCUUGACGACAGUCGUAACCGAUCUCUUACCCCUAAUAAUCAUGUUCCAGGCACCAGCAAGUUCGAUCAUUCUCGCAAAGCAACAAUCGAAACCAAACCUACAGCAAAAUUGCCCUCUACUGUCAUAAUUAUUGACAGUAAAAGUGAUGAAGAGCGCAAAGAUAACGACAAGAAAUCUUCAAAUUUUACAUCUGUUAAGGUCAAAGAAGAGCCCAAAGAAUCGGAUAGGGAAUAUCAAUUGUUACAGAAAGCAGGGGAAAGUUCAUCAACGCAAGAUAAUACCAAUAAAGAUGAGCAACUAUCUAUAAGCAAGUCCAAUGAUACUUUUUUAAAUCAUAGGUCUAAAUCUUACAAAUCAAAAUCAUUCGAAAGUUGUUAUUUCCAUGAUCAUUAUAAGAUAUUUCGCGAAAAUACGCUCGAGCAAGCCUUAAGAAUGGAAUAUUUACGAUUACACUUGCGGCAUGAAAUUCUUCGUCUUGAAAAUUGUAAAGACUGCAAAAUCUUAUUUGAGAAAAUGGAUGAGAAAAAGUGUCUCUACCCUUUCAUCCGUCAUCAUCAAAUUAAAAUUCAAUGUGAUCCAUUGAACAGAAAAGCUAUUCUGGACAAGAUUUACAAGUUAUUAAACUCACUCACUAUUAAAGAAGAUCCUUGUAUUAGUAAAAAUUCUAGGUUGGGGAGAUGUUUGACUUCUGGCCAUGGUCAAAUGAAAUUGAAAUGUUUACUGGACAAAAAUGAAUGUUUAGCUAUCGCCGUAGACGAAGACCAUCAUAGGUACUGUUUUGGACGCUAUAAUGAAAUAGAUGUGGCUAAAAUCGAUUCUAGACAAUCGAAUUUUUUUGUACUGGGUCUCUUAUGA